AUGAAAAUCUAUACAACAAGCAUAUCUUUGGCUGGAAUUUAUUCAUUUUAUCUUUAAGCUAAAGUCAAAAGUAAUGGUGGGAAAAAUUUACUAUUUUCAUUGAAACUUAUAAACCCUUGCUUAACGUCAGUUUUAUCCCAUAUAUUUGAUACAUUGACAUUUUAGUAGUCAGUAAAUUAAGAAAAGCUAGAGAUAUUCACAAAUAAAUUCGUACAAUCAACCAAUUAAACUAUUUGCGGCCCAAUUACUUUAAGUUAUGCUAAAAUCAAUUCAAGCGGACUUAACACUUUGUCAUUUAUUGCAAUUGACUCUGAUAAAAAUCUCAUCUCUGUAUUUACAAAUGAUAAAGAAAAUGCUGGUGUAUACAUUAUUUAAAUAACAGCCAAGCUAUCAAACUACACCUAAAUGUCUGUUAAUAUUACUAUUAAUUUGACUUUAAAUUGUGCCUAUGAUGUACUUAGUGGUCCAUAAAAUUCCUCCUUGUCCUAUUUGAUUAGUGAGCCAGAGGCUUAAUACGUAUUUCAAAGAGCGUAGAGUGAUAUCUUUUAAUUUGACCCAAUUGGCAAUACUUUAUCAAUUCAAACCCCAGAAACUUUCAGCAAUUAAUCUAUUUUCAUAAGUGUCAUAGGAAAUGUUUAUCAAGUAAAUGUGACUUAAGAAUUUUAACUGAACAUCACUGAUGAUUGCAAGACAGCUUAAUUCAUAAAGCCUUAGUUUAAAUCUUAAUAUUUAUAUGAACUAGCGACUUCAUAAAUUGAUAUAAAAUUUGAUCAUUGGGAUUAUGGACUUGGGAGUUAUUGUAAAAUUCCUUACUAUGAACUAAAAUAUUCAGAUAUUAUUCCUAUUGAUAAUGAUGCAAUCCAAUUUGAUCCAAUUCAAAGAAAAAUAUCAAUAUACACCGUAAAUGAAACUUAAGUUGGUCAUUAUAAAUUGACCCUAUCUGUAGUUUGA